GUUCAAUGGUCGUUGUUCAUUUCAACGUACCCGACUAGGAGCCUUGGCGACUAGGAGAAUCGGCGAUUUUGAAGCCCCGACGAGUAGACAUGUGAGAGAGGAUGAUGGCUGAAUUGGCCCGUAUUCCUGUUGCUCAACAGCAACCCCGCAGUAUUCCUACCUUACCUUCGCGCUCGACGGGAUAUCCCAAAAGAAACUCACUGGCUAGGGAUUUGGACAGAAAAUAGAACAACAAAUCUGUCAGACGUCGUCCUUUCUCACGCUUUUUGCCCCAUCCGCUGUCGUGUCUAUACAUGUGAGAUAUCUAAACACCAGGGCGCACCUUGAAAUAUGGCCGACUCCUCCCUGUACCUCGUCUGCAACACCUGCGGCACGCAACAUCCCACUUCUGAUCGCAGCGCUCUCACCACAUGCUUCAUCUGCGAUGAUCCCCGUCAAUACACCCCUCCGUCCGGCCAGAGCUUCACCACCCUCUCAGCCCUGCGCUCCGAAAAGGAGCGACGCAACGAAUUCCACCCCUUCCCGGGGGACCCGCGCUUCACCUCGAUCGUGACCGUCCCCAAGUUCGCCAUCGGCCAGCGCGCCAUCCUGAUCCAGACGCCCCGGGGCAACGUGCUGUGGGACUGCGUCACGUUCCUCGACGACGAGACGGUCCGCCGCGUCCGGGCCAUGGGCGGCAUCCGCGCCAUGGUCAUCUCGCAUCCGCAUUUUUACUCCUCGCAUCUCGAGUGGGCUGAGGCGUUUGGCUGCCCGGUGUAUCUGGCUGCCGAGGACAGGCGGUGGCUGGCGCGGAGGAGCCAGGAGAGCCAGGAGUUUCUGGAGGUCGUCGAGACGAGGGUGGAGGUGGAUGGGGAGGAUACCGGUGUGAGGGUCAUCAAGCUGGGCGGACACUUCCCUGGGAGUUUGGUGUUGUUGUACGACGGUCAUCUCUUCACGGCCGAUACCUUGAUGAUGACGCCAGCAGGGCUGGCUAACUGGACUGUGGACGCCCUGGGUAACCCAAGAGAGCGGCCCAAGGGGGUGAACACGUUCAGCUUCCUGUGGAGUAUACCCAACAUGAUUCCCCUGAGUGCUUCCGAGAUUGCGAGAAUGUGGAGCAUUCUGAAGAACUACGAUUUUACGAGUGCCCAUGGACUGUUCCCCGGAUGGGACAUCAAGGACGAGAACGUCAAGGCGCGGGUGUUGGAGAGCAUGCAGAUACAGAUCAAGGCUAUGGGCUACGGGGAGCAUCCAUUUCUGAAGGAAGUACUAUAAGGGCUAGUAGUAUGUAUUGUACAUCUACAUGCACCAGAACGCCAGCACCAUGAGAGCCGUUGCUGAAUAGUAAACAGAAAUUAACAAGAUAGCCCCAACCUCUAUACAAGUACAAAACCAAG